GUGUUGCAUACGGCUAACUCCACGGUCGGCUAACACAAGCUAACAAGAUGAACCUUGGAUCAAUGCUGUACAAGAAUUUAAAAGAUGUUACAUGGAGCUCGACGUCUUUGCCUUUAGAUCAGCUCGUCAGUGCUUAUAAACUGCCACAGAUUGUCAAGCUGGAUAACGGUCAGUUGGUGGAAGGGCUCAGGGACAACGACUACCUCUUGAUUCAUUCCUGCCGUCAGUGGACAACCAUCACCGCUCACAGCCUGGAGGAGGGACACUACGUGAUUGGGCCCAAAAUAGAGAUCCCUGUUCAUUAUGAAGGUCAGUUUAAGCUGCUGGAGCAGGACAGAGAUGUCAAGGAGCCUGUGCAGUAUUUCAACAGUGUGGAGGAAGUGGCCAAAGCGUUUCCUGAGAGGGUGUACGUCAUGGAGGAAAUCACUUUUAAUGUUAAGAUGGCUUCAGGGCAAUGCAACGAAGACACAGAAGUUUACAGCAUAACACUAAGCACUGGCGACGAGCUGACGCUAAUGGGCCAAGCUGAGCUCCUCUAUGCCAAGAGCUCCAAGGAAAAAUCAAGACUCAACACAAUUUUUAAGAAGAUCGGCAAGCUGAACUCAAUCAGUAAGAUCGGUCGAGGCAAGAUGCCCUGCUUGAUCUGCAUGAACCAUCGCACGAACGAGAGCCUCAGCCUGCCUUUCCAGUGCAAAGGCCGCUUUAGCACCUGCAGCCCGCUGGAGCUUCAGAUGCAGGACGGCGAGCACGUCAUCAGGAACAUCGUGGAGAAAACCCGACUCCCAGUCAACGUUAUCGUACCCAGCACUCCGCCUCGCAACCAGUACGACCUCCACCUCAUUCGGGAGGGUCAUCGAUACAAACUUGUGAACAUCCAGACCAAGACGGUGGUUGUGUGCUGCAUUCUGCGGAGCAACAAGAUCAUCCCCGUCCAUUUCCCCUUUUACAUGGCCAUGCCGAGAUUUAUCAUCCCGGAGGAGCUGGUGCAGGGCGAGCUGUGGUUAGACACCAUGGUACACCGCUGGUUCUCCUUCUGCCAGGAGCAGUUCGAUAUAGACGAUUACUCCCGUGCCGUACGGGACGUGCGGACGGACUGGAACGAUGAUAUCAAAAGCCCCAAGAAAACCAGUGGCAAUGGUAAUUGUGGUGGAGGCAGCAACGGCUCCAUCGUGUGUCCCAACCACAUGCAGAUCCCCAGCUCCUUAACGUACGCUCGAGAUGAACUCGCGCAGUCCUUCCACCGACUGUCGGUGUGCGUUUACAGCAGCAACCUUCACGGGAACAGCGAAGUCAACUUGCAGGGAUGCAUGACACUGUGUGCAGACUGGGCUCCUCUGGGUUCGGAUGGCAGUCAUUCAGAACCUGGAGAGAACGAGCACUUGUUUCCGGAUCAUCUAGACAGCACAACCCAACAUCCAUACAUGAACAAGCUGGACAUUCAGUACGAGGAGGUGUGGUUGGAUCACUUGACCGGGCAGAGCUCUAAACCCUAUCCCAGUGAAGGAAUAAGAGACGUCAACAAUGACUGCGCUACACCAGCUGCACACUUGUACCCGGUCACCUGUCCUCUUGGUGCCAUAACCAGUCUAGACGCGCCUCUUACUCCACCACCCGUCCCACCCAAAUCUGAAGCUGUGAAGGAGGAGUGUCGUAUGUUGAACGCUGCUCCACCGGUCCCUCCUAGAAGUGUGAAGCAGUUGCCAUCAGUACCCACCCCGAUGAAGCCACAGCAGCAGGACACUCGCGCUCAGAGUCCAACCCUCUCCUAUUAUUCCUCUGGUCUCCACAACAUAGGAGCAUGUGAGCCAGAAGAAGGUGACCUACAAGAGCAGUGCCACGCCUGCUACCCCUGUAACUGGGGUAGAUCCAACACCGAACCAUGGACGGUGUCGCCCUCCGGCAGCCUGCUGCUGGAGGGGAUCUCCUCGCGUUUGUCCUGGCCAAAUAACUUCAGCGGAGGAGACUCGCGCUGUGCGGAAGAGUUUCAGCCUUCCAGCUCCCGGAGUUACUACAGUUACCCCAGAAAGAGGACCCCGAGAACCUGCACGUCCUGCCUCAUUGACUACGACGGGCGAGAGCACGCGGGCUGCCGUGAUGGGUUCCAGAAACCGUACGCCAACCAGAUCUGCACCAAGUCUUCGAGUUACAACGCUGGGAUGUACGGAGUCAAACCGAUAGAAGAAUCGAACACUAAGCAGAGCCUCUCCUGCCCCGUUUUACCACCGAGAACACCCAAAUUCAACGCCAUCAAGACAUGGGCCGACUUACUGUCGGAGUCUGUACCCGACUCAAAACUGGAAGCUACGACCCCCUCACCAGUUCUACACGAUCAGGACACGGAUGACCCAUUAACUUUUAACUGUCCUUCGUCCCCUCCCUCUGCAGAGUGGCAGCCGCCCUUAAACCUGGCUGGUACUUCCAUCGAGGAGGUGUCCAAAUCCUUAAAGUUUAUCGGCUUGCCAGAUGACAUUGUUUCCCUGUUCGUGUCCGAGAAGAUCGACGGGAAUCUACUCCUGCAGCUCACCGACGAGAUUCUGUCCGAGGACUUCAGACUAAGCAAGCUGCAGGUGAAGAAGCUGGUGCAGUUCAUAAAUGGAUGGAGACCCAAGAUCUAACGGUACAAACACUACAUUUUGUUAAGAAGCUGAGAACAUCAUGCCUUCAGUAUGUAUGCUAUGCACAUCAAGCCACAAGGAGCAUUUUAUUUUGUAACAUAUGAACGUUUUUGUGUUGAUGCGUUA